CUAAAGUUUAGUAGACAGCUAUAUACGGCCUCAAAAGUUAGUGAUUGUGGAAAAAAAAAUUAUCGUCAAGUUUUUAUAAAGCAACGAAAAUGCAAAGCCCGAAUUUCAUAUUUUCGCUACUUAUAGUUGUAGUUGUAGUAAUUAUUGGGUUAUUAUAUAUCGAGCAGCCUGAAGCACCCAUUAAAAAUAGUCCGACUAAUGGACAAAGUGACAGUACCACGAAUAAACCGAUAAAUAGUUUUGAAUUAAACAAGGAUUUAGAUAAAUAUGACAAAAAACAAUCUUGUAAAGUGAAAAUCAAUGGCGAUAUGCUCGACAAUUCGCCAAUUCUUACGCCACACAAUCAACUUGAGUACAUGCAACCCAAUUCAAGUGGUGAAAUUGUAGUGCCCCAUGGCCAUUGGUUGAGUUUCCACUGCGCUGAUAAAUUUGCAGAGCCGUACGGCGGACAAACUCUGCAGGCGCAAUGUGCCGGCGAUAAAGAUUUUUUUAUAAACAAUGAAAAAUUCAAUUUCUCAAAGAUCAAUUGCACUACCAUAUCAAUGCCAACACCAAUACGAACAGGGCUUUGCUGCAGCGGCGAAGGCACCGAAUUGUUUAUUUUCGGCAUCAAAAUUGAUUCCAAUGGGUCAAGGUACGCGAUACCAACAAUGCAAGUGUGUUUUGACAAAAUUCGCCAAAUACCUCGUUACGUUAAACGCAUCCUUACUCCUGCAAGUAUUCACCGCCAAAUAAAAGUAAAGCGUACAAACUUCACUUCCGGUGAUUUCUUUGGUGGUAUAGACAUUGACCAUUUUUAUAAAUUAUCCGAACAAAUUAAGGCACUCAGGCGCCAAAUUGGAGAGAAUGCUUUGAUUUACGUGACAGAGGAAAAUCGCCUGACCCGUGGCCACUUGGCUCCCAAAGCUGACAUGACAUACAGUGGCCAACAAAAGGGCACUUUUCAUCAUGUGAAUGUAAUGCCACAAUGGCAGUCCUUCAAUGCCGGUAACUGGUCGCACCUUGAGGAUGACGUCCGUCAGUUAGCUCAUGACAGUAAUAGGUCCCUAAUCUACUUUACUGGUACCUGUGGUGUUUGCCGUUUGCCAGACGAAAACAAUAUACAACAGGAGUUAUACCUAGGGGACGAUAAUAAUGUCAUACCAGUGCCGAAACUAUUUUACAUUGUUGUUAUCGAUGCUGACUCCCGUAAAGGUAUCGCUAUCGUUGGAGUGAAUAACCCCUAUCUGAAAAUCGAUGAACUGAAAACCGGAGGAUAUCUGAUUGCGGAGGAUGUAUCAGACGAUGUUGAUUGGAUUAAAUGGGAUAGGAAAAACAUCAAGAAGGGUGAUCGUUGUUGGAAUAGGAAAAACAUCAAGAAGGGUUAUUGCUACGCCGUUUCAGUACCAGACUUCGUAAAGGUUGUGAAAGAUUUGCCGUUGGUUGGCUUAGAGACGACCGGAAUUUUGAGAUUGAAGGAACAGCCCAUCUAGAAUCAGCAUCUUUUCCUAUAUUGUGAUAAUCUCAAUAAUUUUUUUUUUUUUUAUGUAAACUCAUUGAAAAAAGAAUAAAUUUUAUUCUGUAUUAAGUG